AUGUGCGUACAGUGCACGAAAAGGUCACAUGAACAAAAGCUUGUCGGUGGCUCAUGCGCGCCCGCGAACGAGGGAGCGAAGCGAUGCGAGCAAGUGAGAGCAGAAAGGCCAUCGAGGCGUGGGCUUUCGGCACAGUGUGAGCAUGAGCAAAUCGACGGCGUUAUUCGUCGGGGGGGGAGGGCGCCCCACGCACGCCCGACACUGCCGCCGCCGACGUGGGCGGGAUCAGUGGCCGGGGGUGUGGGUGGGCGCAAAAGGACAAGGCAAGAGGAGUGGGCAAAGUGGGCAAGGGCGGGCGCGGGCGCGCAAGCCCCCCAACCUGGGAAGUCGUGUGUGUCGUGUGAGUGCGUUUGCGUGGUGGUAAGUGGGUGGGUGGACGGCUGGCCGCAGCACGCGCCGCGCCUUUUUAAUUCUUUUUGCUGUCAGGGCGCAUCGCAUCAACGGCAGGGCUCCAACUUCAGAGUGGGAAGGGAUCUGCCCUUUGUCAUCGAUCAGGGCAGAGAUAGCUUGAUAAUAGUUAUAUAUACAUGGUUUCGCUCUUGCUGCUGUUUUUGCCGUUUUAGUUGCUUGGGGCCUGAACAGCGUAUACCCGUACCAUGUUCUUCUCCUUCCUCCUCUUCUUUUUUUUAA